AUGAGCGUCGCAGCAGCCCGGAAUGGAGCCUUCGCGGCCAUUCGCGGUGAUGGUUCCCUGGAGACCAAGAGACUGGCGCCGAUGGAUUCGCCAACAGACGGGGAUGCCGCCACUGCCUUUCGGAGCCUGAGAAACGUGCAGCGUGUUCAAGCUACGGAGAGCGCUUUUGCCGCAAUCCUUGGCGAUGGGUCGGUCGUUGCCUGGUAUGCACCGGGCCCGGAAGACACGUACGCAGAUGACCGUGCGGCCGGCAACUACACACAGCUAAAAGAGCAGCUACAGGAUGUACAUCACGUGCAAGCGUCGCUGAGGGCUUUCGCUGCCAUCAAGGGUGAUGGAUCUGUGGUGACAUGGGGCCACCCAACUUUUGGAGGAGACAGCCGGAAGGUCGAGAAGCAACUCACAGACGUCUGUCAGAUCCAGGCAACUGCUUCGGCCUUUGCGGCUAUCAGGAAAGACGGCUCCGUGGUGACUUGGGGUAACCCUGAAGACGGCGGUGACAGCCGCAAGGUCAAGCGCAGGCUAGUCGAGGUGCAGCAGAUUCAGGCGACUUUCCAAGCAUUCGCAGCCAUCCGGAAGAACGGAACUGUUGUUUCAUGGGGUGACCUUUGUGACGACAGCAAGGUCCGAAGCCAGCUAACACACGUGCGGCAGAUACAGGCUUCCAGCGAAGCCUUCGCUGCCCUCAAAGAAGACGGAAGCGUUGUCACAUGGGGGGGUGAGGGGGAGGCGCGGAUCUGCAAGGCAGUCAAAGAGCAACUCAAGGAUCUUGGUAGUGCUUUACUGUAA